AUGUACAGCGCAAAACACUCUAAAGCACAAAGUUGUGCCUAUUUCUGCUCAAAGAAUGUCUUGGUGGCCCUCAACACUCUAUACAUCGUAAGUACGCGGCGAAGAAUUUCAUAUUUGUGUAGCAGCGAAUCAUCACGAGCUUAAAAUAUUGUUUGGACUAGGAAAAUGAUUUUAAGGCUUACGUGGCAUUUUGCGUUUAUUUUGUCUGUAUUUUAAGCUUCUUAUCAGAUUGAUGAAAUGUAAAUCGUUGACUACUUAAAGUGAUAUUGAGACCUAGAAACUGGCAACUUUAAUGGCGGUUGCCGAAGGAAAUGUUUAUAAACCAGGUUAUAAACCGCUGUUACCGUGUUGUUCAUUUGCAUGCCAACUGCUGGAUUAAAAUUGUUCAGGACUGAAAUUAAAGUGACAGUGGGUUUUGUACUGUCACCACUAGCUUGAAGAACAUUCUAAUCACGCUAAAACUUCUAGAUCGCCGCCACUUUAUGUAUUUCUGAUUUGUCUUUGUUAAAAUCAACUACUGUUUUUUUAAUCUUUUAUGUUUUAGUAGUCUUAUUGAGCACCUUGCCGUUCCACGUUUCUUGCAUAAAUAAGUUUGAGUUAUUUUGAGUGGCACGUUUAACUAAUAGGCCACCAAUCCCAUCUAACAAUCAUUGAGUUUGGGUUAUCAAGUUUUAUUUACAAGAAAUGAUCCAUACAUCGUUCAAACUGCUGAAAGAUUGUAAUAAGCUGGUUUGAAUUCUACAAGACAAAAAAUCAUUUAUCCAAAAUAUUUUGAAUGCAAUUUUGAAGUACACAUUACUGUUUCAAUUUUUCAAAUUUUCUAGGUUCCAAUCUAACUAUCUACUAGGUAAUCCCAAUUACAUAUCAACAAUGAAAUGCUUCUUUGAUAAGUUUGCAAUAAAGCAUAAUGGGGCCUGGCCCUGUAUGUCCUGAUGUAGUGCUCAAUACUUACAGUCAAGACAGGUCAAGCGUAUCCCCAAGAUUUUAUUAAUGAAAUGAUUAUUUUAAUAAAUAAAUCCAUUAGUCAUUCCCAUAACAAGUGUCAAAUUGAAAUCUGCAUUCCUGUAUGUGUAGUGAGAAGUGAAUAUUUUACGAGAACUUCUCUGCAUUUGGUCAGACUGAAAAUCUUUGAAUGGAUAGAGUUACUUUGAAGUUCAGGGAAACUGAGCCAGUAGACAUUUCAUAACUGUCUGGCGAGUGAAUCCACUGCUCGUUAUGCAUGCAAGAAUGCAGAGAUGAAUCUGAAAUCUACAACUACCAACGGAUUUAACUUUCGAACAAUUCAUUAAAGGAACCUUGGGGAGUAUGCUUGACCUGACCUGACUGUAAAUAGGUCUACACUGCAUGUAAGGACGAUCCAGGAAUUUUUUAGUAGGAUCUAAACUUUUACUUUACUUCCUUCCAUGUUUUUAGAAUAAACUUCAUUAUUAGAGAAAUUGAAUAUGUAUUAAUUAAGUCCUGGGGGAUUACUUCUAUAUAUUAAGGACGACACAAACAAAAAAUUGAAUUACACUCUAUGUAAGGUUCUUAUCAGAAAAAGACUUGCUAUUCAAGGGAAAAACAAAGGAUAAGAAUAAAUGAUAAAACGUACUAAACCUUCAUUAAACUGUGUUCAUACUACGAACUGAUGAUACAGGGGAGGAUCCAGGAUUUUUUUCAGGAGGGGGUGCACUCGUCUCUUGCUCUACUUCAACACCAAUAACCCACAUUUUUUUUUUGCAGAAUACCAGUUGUAUUAGAAAACCAAAGGUCAUCUCAGGGGGGGGGGGGUGCGCACCCCCUGCACCCUCCCCCUAGAUCCGCCCUUGGGAUAGUUUGUUUCUUAUGUAGCUGGGUAACCUAUAAUCUAAGGAUCAGACUGAGAACACAAUGCCAAGAAGGGUAAAAAUGAUACCCUAUUGAAGGAUUGAGACCCUCAAAAGCCAUACCCUAAUGGGCGGCAUGUACCUUCAUGUAUCUUGCCCUUAUAUUGGAGUAGGCCCCCUCCCCCUCACCCCCUGAGAUUAAGUAACAUAACUUAAUGCUUAAGAAGUGGUGCUUCUCAAGCUGCAUUAAUUGCACCAGGAAAGUUGAGAACGAUGACUUUUCAGUAAUAGUUUUUUAAGUCUGCAAACUCUUCAGGGAUGCCACAUGUUAUGUCUCAUGAUACAUUCAAUUUUAAUUUAUAAGUUUAAAUUCUGUGUCAUUCCAAUCAUUUAGGGUCAUUUAGGAAUGCUAAGCAAACACAGCCAUACUAACAUUACCCUGAUAGAAAACAGCUGAUAUUGUGACACUAUAUGCCCAGUAUAAUACUAUUACACACUAUUAUAUUAUACACAAUAAUACUAUUACUGGUUUCCCCACUAAAUGACAUUUAAGAAACCCUGGGAAACAAUUAAUGGCGUCAUACUGAAAAUUGUUCUAUACCUUUUAUUCUUCUGCAGUGUUCGAUGUGUUGCUUAUUAAUUUUUUUGUUGUUGUUUUCUUUUUUAGUUUAUAGCCUUGAUAUUAAUAGGAAUAGCUGUUUAUGCAAAAACAUCAGCUCAAAUAACAAGUUUGCCGAUCCUUGGUGGUGUGGUUGCAUGUGGUGUCUUUCUUCUGCUCGUUGCAAUAUUGGGUGUGGUUGGUGCUGUACGGCACAACCAAGUUAUCUUGUUCUUUGUAUCCUUUGCCAAUUAUUCCUGACCAUCACUUUUUAAAUUUUGUUUGCAGGUAUUAAAGUUUAUUGCUUGAUUGCUAAAUGUAACUUUGUUAUUCCUUUUACAAACCUUAACUUUCUUAUUUAGUAUAUGGUUAUUAUGUUUCUUCUCUUUAUUAUCCAAAUGUCUGUUUCAAUUGCUGCGGUAGCUAUCUCUCAUGACCAACAAGCCAGUCUUAUGGAGGCAGGAUGGAGUAGAUCAUCUGAAAAAAUAAAAGAUAAAAUCCAGAUUUUAAAAGAUUGUUGUGGAUUCAAAAAUAAGUCAUUAAUAAGUGGUGACUCAACUAUGGACCCUGCUGUUAAAGCCCUUGGACAUCCUAGUUGCUCAGAAGUAAGUUAAAGGAAUUUGUUGCAUAUUUCGCUGACCAGUUCUAAUUCCAUUUAUUUGUUUUUUAAAAAAUCUGAAAGAUUAUCUCCUUGAUACUCAUUCUGUGCCUUAAUUUUAUGUUUUCUGUACACUCUGCACCCAAGCAGGUAAUUACUGAGUAAUCUAGAUCACUAAGAAUGCCUAUCACAGUGUGAAACCUUGAUAUAACAAAGGGUCAAGGGACUGGCAAAAUUUGUUUGCUACAAUGAGGUUUCGUCAUAUCAAGGUUCUUUUUCAUGUAUUUUAUCAUUCCUGGGGUAAAGAAAGUCGCUUGUUAUAGUAAGGACUUGGUUAUAUAGAGGUUCGUUAUACUGAGGUUCCACUGUAACAGAAUAUCUCAGCUUUGAUAGACUUCCUAGUCACAUUAACUUACAAUAAUUUAAUUAACUUUUGUUCAAUGCGUUUAAUAUUAUGUUACAGUGUAUGUGAGUGACUAAACAAAGAAAUGAUUAAAUAAUUAAUUUUGUCACUUCUUAAGCGGUCAAAGGCCACGUUUUUUUCUGGGGAGGAGCAUAUGAGCACCACAGGUGCAAAUAUCUGAGACAAUCGUGACUCGAUAUAGUUACUAGGGGGUCGUGGGUGGGGCAUUCCACUCUAAAAAUGUUCGUGAAAUUGGAUGGUCAUGCAGAGGGUACAAUUCACAUGUUUCACAUGCAAUCACAUAAUCAUCAGGCUACAGAUGUUGCUUGUAAAACAUGAAAAUCUAAUAACACUUUCCACUGCAUGCAUUAUUGAUGGUGUAGAGUAACUCCAUCAAUACUAUUACUUGGUCAAUAGAGCAACGAGUCAUUUGAUUUAGCUUUAAUUUUAGUAAUAUACCAUAUUUCCUCACAUAAUAGCCAUCCCUCAAUUAAUCGCCUCCCUCAAAUAAUCGCCCCCUUUAAAUUCUUUAAAUCCCAAUGGUGUCCAACAUCAAUAUUCUCCUAACACUAUCCAUACAUUGUUAAGAGAUUAGGUUAUGAGAAUUAAUAAAAUGAUCACCAAAGAGAAAUACCUUGAUCUUUUACCAAAUUCUCUUAAGGAAAUCUAUGAAGACUAGUUUGGAGAAUUUGUAUGUGGAUAUUGGGAAUUAAAGGGUUAAAAUAUUUGCCUCCAUCAAGUUGUCGGAAAAAGUGCACACGACAAUCUUGAAAGGUAUUGUGGGUGGUUUUUAGUUCACUGUUUUUCAAAGAAAUUUCAAAGAAUGGCACGAGAGGCUAUGGACAUAUGUUUGCAAUGGCUAAAGGAAAGCAACAAAAGUACUGUAGGUUCGACAGCUACAGUGUUAAGAACAAGUGUAUUGAUCAUAUCCCAUAUUACCUUUCGGGAUUGCAAAAAAUGUAAACCACUCAUCGCCCACCUUAAGUUUACACUCUUUUAAAGGCUUCUGGUCCAAAAAGACACCCUGUCCAAGGCACUUAAUGGUGGAUUUGUGUACCCUGUGUAAGACUCAAGACCGUGGAAAUGAUUCCUCGUUGAUUAGCACAUAUCCGUAUAGGCCAAAUAAGGGAAUGCACCCCCCCCCCCCCCCCCCCCCGGGGUGUGCACCCAAAAAUAAAAAAUUUUCUCUAAAAAAAAAAAAAAAAAAAAGAAAAAAAAAAAAUUAAAUAUAAUCCCACACAGAGGACACUACUUGUGAUAAAAAUAAAAAAAAAAAAAAAAUUUAUUAUUUACAGGUGUACAUAAAAAAAAAUAAACCCCCCCACCCCCCCCCUAAAUUUACACCCCUUUAAAGGGUUUUUGUCCAAAAAAACACCCCGUCCAAGGCACCUAAUGGUGGAUUUUGGUACCCCGUGUAAAACCCAAAACCCGGGAAAAGAUUCCCCCUUGAUUAACCCCAAUCCCUAAAGGCCAAAAAAAGGAAAGCCCCCCCCCCCCCCCGCCCACAGGGUUAGCUACCAUAAUUUUAAUACUUUUCUGAUAAAAAGAAAAAACUGAGAAGUAAAAAUAAAUUUCUAAUAGGUCCCCCAAGUUGGGCACCUUUUUGGUAAUAAUAUGAAAAAAUAGUAAUGUUUGACUGUUGUACAAAUUCCUUUCAGUUAAAGUGCUGUGGAAAUUUGGGUGACCCAUGUGCAACCUGCAAGACUUGUUAUAAUGCUCUGGAGGAUUUAGUGAAUCAUCUUCUAAAAGUGGCUGGUGGUGUUGGAUUGUUCUUCAGUUUUACUUUGGUAAGUUUCUUAUGUACAAAUGUGCAUAGCCUGCCAUUUUGGGGCACAGGGAGGUACUCCAGAUUUCAAGUGACAGGGGUGAUCAUAGGGGGGGCAAAAAACAAAACCCAAAAAAAUCCCUGGACCAAAUAUUAACCCCCAAAAAAUCCCAUACAGCACUUACAAAGCCACUCAUAUGGGCACUACCAUGAAUCUUCAGAUUGUUUUGAAUACCCAGAAAAAUCCCUACUUAAAUCAAGUCACCCAAGAAAAUACUUGCCAUUGAAUUUUCCUACCUCCCCCCCCCGCCCCACAAAAAAAAAUAUAUAUAUCCCGGAAUAAAAAAUUUCAAACCCAAAAAAUCCUUCAAUCAUCCCUGUCACCUGAAACCCGGAGCACCCCCACUGGGUUUUGGGGGAGCCUGCUCGCAGGUUAGAAUUAGUGUACACCAACAGUAAUAAUUAAUGGUUCAUGAGACUUCAAGGGGAGUCUAUUCUAGUCUGUAUUUAUAUGCUUUGGUUGUACUAGAAGUGCAUGCAGCUUAAAUCCUACUAGUUUAAAACCACUCCUGUCUACUUUAACUAGUUUAGAGAAGCAUUUAAUAAAUUUAUCCAAAAGAUAGAACAUAACAGGGGGCAGCUGGCAGGAGGCAACCUUUCGGCUAUUUUACAAGGUGGUUGAUGAGUUGUACUCAGACUGCUGAUGAUCAGGGGACUUGAUACCAGAACCUCCAGAUUGUAUGUCUGAUGCAGACACACUGUCUAGUAUGCCAAACUGCCUCCAUUAAAAAAUGAGCAAUUAGAUGACUGUGUUGCAGCCAAAGAAGCGAUUUGUGUAAUAUCAAGAAUCAUGAUUAACAAUUAGAAUUUCAAACUUAAAGAAGACAACCAAAAUUGUAAGUUUCAGCAGUUAUCCAUUGAGAAUAUGCUCAGCGUUUUCUCUAGAGCCUCAGAUUAAUGGGAAUAUGGUCUGAGUAAGAGGUAUGGCCCUGGUUGUUCAAACUUUAGACAGCAAGUAAUUGCGCUAUCCUCUGGAUGGAGAUUUGAAUCCAAUGUAUAGCGUAUCCAUCUUUUGAACAACUGGGGCCUGUUGCUUUUAACCACAUUGCUUGCCAAAGUUUAACAAGACAUUUGUAGAGUUUGAUCUUUAACCAUUGGUAAUUAAGGAACUUUCUGGUUACUUCAGGGACACUAUGUAAAUUUCUUUUAACUCUGUUUCAUAAAAAUGUAACAGUUCAAGUCUGAUCUCUGCUCCUCAUUUUUUCUGCUGACUUCCUUCUCUGUUUCUAUCUCUCACAGUUGUUUGGUGUAUACAUGACAUGCCGAUACAGGAAUCAGAAGGAUCCUCGAGCCAACCCUGGGGCAUUUCUAUAG